AUGAGCGUUCCGAAAGUUUACUACAAUAACGAUCCGCACUCCUUUGGAUACUCCACUGCAAGAUCCAGAUGGCCAAAGAUUCUCCAGAAUGCAAUUGACGACACUACUGCGGAGUUCUCAAAGAGCACAGACUCCGAGUUCAAAGAGCAGGGCGCCCAGAUUGUCGAGCAGAUCAAGGAAUUUUUGAAGGAGUUGAACAAUAAUGCUGUUCUCAGGCCGUUCAAGGAGGUUGAAAUCCCUGGUUUGAAGUCCUACAACGAGACCUUGUCGAAAUUGGGCGAAGUGACCUGGUUGACGGGCCCUUGGCUGUUCUGCGAGUGUUUCUUGUACAGAAAAGUGGACGCUUUCAUCAAGACCAAAUCGAAAUGGCAGACCUUUGAUGUGUUCAACAAACUGAAAAGAGACACGUUCAAGUCUUCGGACAAAGGAAUCUACGAGCUGGCUCUCAGAUACAGACAGUUGAACCAGCAGAUCAAGUCGAGAUCGACUGAGGAGCUGGAUCAGAAGGACUUGGAGUUCUUGUUCGAGGAAUUUGCAGACAUCUCGCUCUGGGGAAACGCCACAGACUUAUCAUUGCUUGCCAAUGCUACUCUGGAAGAUAUAAGCUCUGUUCAAGGCAAAGAGGCCCGGGCCAAGUCGGCCAAAAACAUUCUGUGCAAUGAUCUUCCCGAGGCCUGGAAAGCACUGCUAUCGACCGAGUUCGAAAAGAGAAGAAUAGACAUUGUGCUGGAUAACGCAGGAUUCGAGCUGUUCACCGAUCUGAUUUUGUCAUUGUUCCUUUUGGACGCCAAGGUGAUCAGCCAAGUUGUUCUGCACUGCAAAUGCAGACCCUGGAUGGUCAGUGACACCAUGAUCAAAGACUAUGACAUAUUGAUCCAGGACUUGCGUAACACCUCUAUUUUCAGCGAACACAGAGCCGAUCUGGAUUUUCUGGUGGAUAGCCUGGAAGCUUACAGACACAGCGGAAAGCUGUUGCUCAAGGAGUCCGAGUUCUGGACCGUGGAUCUGGACUACUGGAAUCUGAGUCCCCAGGAAACGAAAUACGGCGGUGCGGAGCUGUGGAAGUACCUACAAGACUCUGCUCUAGUCAUUGUGAAAGGUGACUUGAACUAUAGAAAACUGACCGGCGACAGACAUUGGCCUCGUGAUACGCCGUUCAAGGUUGCAAUUGACGGACUGGCAUCGUCUGGUAUUCGCAUUCUGGCAUUGAGAACUUGUAAAGCAGACGUCUGUGCAGGUCUUCCAAAAGGAAAAGACGAGGAGCUUUGCGAGUACUGGAAGAGUCUUGGUAACGAAUGCGGCGAGCUGUGGUGUGCCAGUGGAAAAUGGGCCGUCAUCUCAUAUAGUGAAGGAAAAUAA